AUGGAAUCUACGUUAGAAGACUACGAUAUAAGCCCUGUGACUGGCUUUCUUCCUUCAACACCGCCUCUACGGCGAUUGCCCAGCUAUUAUGAGCCUUGGGAAGUAUUACUCGACAAUUUUCAUGUUUUAAUGUUAGCAGGACGUUUGAGAUCCUCGAUCAACAAGUUAUCGGUCUUGGAUACCAAUUUCCUUAAAACUCUAGCAGAAUAUCAUCGCGCUUUUUUGGUCCUAUCUUCCUUAGCUCAUGGAUAUGUAUGGGACAAAUUUGAUGAAGUCUCAGAUAGAUUACCUGCUUGUAUUGCAAAACCAUGGGUCAAGGUAUCCGAUUAUCUGGGUAUUUCCCCAGUUGUAAACCAUGCUGCAGUUGUAUUAUGGAAUUGGCGGUUGAUUUUUCCAGAUAAGCCGUUUGAUCUAAAUAAUCUUGCUACAUUAUUCACCUUUUCGAAUACUUUGGAUGAAUCAUGGUUUUAUCUUGUUACAACUGCCAUAGAAGGAUUUGGUGGAAGGGCCCUUACUGCAAUAAUGUCUGCUAUUCAUGCUAUUAAGGUUGGAAAUAACCAAAACUUGACAGUCGCAUUAAGGGACAUAAACUCUACCAUUGUUGACAUUAAUGCCACUCUGCAAAGGAUGCAUGAAAAAUGUGAUCCAUACGUUUUUUAUUGGAUGGUACGACCAUACUUAAAUGGAUGGGAAAAUGAAGAUCGCUUACCGCGUGGAUUGAUAUAUGAAGGUGUGGAUGGCAACGAUGAAAAUGGAAAUCCGAUUUAUCGUCGAUAUGUAGGGGCUAGUGCUGGUCAGAGCGCAUUAAUCCAGGCAUUGGAUAUUGCUCUGAAUAUUGAACACUAUCCUACAGGAGUAAAACCACAAAUUAAUGGACAUUGUCCCAUGAAAAACUAUACUUCUGGAAACAGUUGUUUUCGAUUUGAUUCCAAAUUUAAUAAUAAUGAUACAACAGAACAAUAUUCGCCUGAUGAGAAUAAUAUCAAAUUACAACAACCUUAUCUUUACAAAAUUCGUCAAAGUAUGACUGGUCGUCACAGGAAAUUUCUCGAAGAUCUUGCAAAGGUUGCAAAUAUUCGUGAUUAUAUCAUUUCACAGAUGGGUUAUGAUUCUAGUAUCACCGCUUCUUCACCCGAUGAAGACAUGGAAAUGCUUCCAGGAACAAACGAAAUGGUUCAAGCGUAUAAUGAAUGUCUAAAUCAAAUGAAAAAUUUCCGAAGCAAACACUUACAACUUGUUAGUAUAUAUAUUGUGAUACAAGAGCGUCGAAAUAAUAGCGGCUCGCACUCUAAUUCCAUGUAUUAUUCGUCAAUAAAUAAAGGUAAUGUGAGAUUAUUAUACUAA